UCUUCCUUUUCAUUAUAAAACUUCUCAUUGAGAGAUUAAAAACUGCGUUUCUGCAUGUGAUUCCUGCAAUCUCUGUUUCCUCUGUCCGCGGAGCGAGGGCCUUGUUCUUCCCUCUCGGAAACCGCAGCAAACUCCUUCACAGUUCACACCACGCACCUCAUCUGAGGCAUAUAUGUUUCUUUUGCCGCUCAAGUGUUAGAUUCCCCUCCCUCUUACCCCAUCAAACCUCUCUCUACCUCUCCUUUCAUUUUUCUCUCAGAUUCUUCUCUAUUGGCGCGACCAAUCUUCCCGGGAAAGAUCAAAGAUCUGAAAGCAACUAUACAGGGAGAUGUAUAUCAAGCUAAGGUUCUUCAUACGCAUUCGCCGGUUUAUCAGAAGCCAGGCCGGGAAGAGCUAUUGCACCAAUGAACCGGCCAUGGCCGAGAAGGCCGCGGCCGUCCUCCUGGAUGAGAAAGAAGAUAAUGGCAGCGAAGAAUUGUUGGUAGACGUGAAGGCAGAAGGCGAUGAAGAAGAAGCAGAGCGACUUUCUGUCGAUGAUGGGUUGUUGUCCACUCUGCAGAGGUCGGUAAAAGAGCUCCAUUUUGGCGGUUCCGAGGAGAAGGAGAGAGCGGCCGUGGCGAUCAAGAGGCUGGCCUCCGGUUGCCUUCAGACGAGGAGGUCGCUUGCCCAGCUGGGAGUUAUUCCUCCGCUUGUGGCGAUGUUGGUGUCGAAGUUUUCCGGCCACCGGAUUUCGGCGUUGCAAGCGUUGAUCGAGAUCGGCAAUGGCAAUUACACGAAUAAGGCGCUAAUGGUGGAGGCUGGAAUCCUUCCAAAGUUAUCAGAGGUUCUGCAGAGGGAACACGACCAACCUGGGAAGCAAGAGCUAGCAACCCUCUUGCUGUCCCUAUCCACGAUUGCAGAUGCUCAGGGUUCAAUGGCGUCAACUUCAAUCAUGUUAUUCCUGAUUAACAUGCUUGAUCCAGAGGUUGCAGAUGAAAAAACAAUGGAAACAUGCCUAGAAUCCUUGUAUAACAUCUCCACUGUUCUGGACAAUUCAGAAGCUCUGGUCUGCAACGGCGCAGUCCCAAUACUCAUGAAGCUACUGUCAGAGAAAGCCUAUGCAGAGAGGUCUCUAGCCAUUUUGGGCAACUUGGUUGUGACUGUGGCAGGGAAGAAUGCAAUAGAGAGCGAGCCCAUGGUGCCUGACAAGCUAAUAGAGGUGAUCUCAUGGGAUACCAAACCCAAAUCCCAGGAGUUGGCUGCUUACAUACUGAUGAUUCUUGCACACAAGAGCUCAUUCCAAAGGGACAAAAUGGCAGAGGCUGGCAUAGUUCCUGCCCUCCUAGAAUUAUCACUACUGGGGAGCCCAUUAGCUCAGAAGAGAGCACUGAGGAUAUUGCAUUGGUUCAAGGAAGAGAAAGUGACAAGAACAGCUCCUCACUCAGGCCCCCAAAUGGGUGAGCUGGUGUACCCAGGAUCGCCACUGACUGUAAAAGAAAUGAACGAAGGAAGAAGAGCCAUCAGGAAGAUGGUGCAAGAGAGUCUCCACAAGAACAUGGAGUCAAUUAUGAAGAGGGCUAAAUCAGACUGCAGCAAUGCUCCUGAUGCCUCUAAAAUGAAAGGACUUGCCAUUAGUACGAGCUCCAAGAGCUUGCCUUACUGAAUUCCUCGUGUGAACAAGAAUUGACCAUGUAGAUGUUUUUUUAUGUGUAAGUUGCAGUCGGCUCAUACUGAUUUCUGGGUAUGCAUAUGAAAAGCUGUAUGAGUCAAAAGAAAGUCAAUGGAAACAAAAUUGUACAAAGCAGGAAGAAACAGUAAAAGGCGAUAUGGGAAAUCUGGCUGUUGAAUGUAAUUGGGCUUUUGAAUCUUGAGGACGGAAGAUGGAGACAGGAUAAAUAAAACAAAAUUGGUUCAACAUCUUUGACUUCUGAAAAGAGAAGGAUUUGUUCUUCAUUGUCUUCGACCAAGAGAUUUUGGUGUAUAGUGUUAUAGUCAGAUGCUGAUGUCGAUGAGGCAGAAAGGAAAGAACAAAAAUUUUCAAAUAACUAAAAUAAAAGAUUUUUUUUUUUUUUGGCUCCCAUGAUGGAGGUUUAUUGUUUGUAGAUUUUAAAAGGAGAUGAAUCAGUUUACUUGUACCUACUGGUAUAAACAAAUGGUGGUUGC